GCCCCGCCCUCUCUGUUUCACAUUCUCGGCCCCUGAGGAGGCAGCGAGGCCGGGCCGGAGCCGAUUAUGGCGCCCAGUGGCGAUUUGAUGGGGGCUGCUGAGGACCUGGCCGACCAGACUCCACGAGUAAUUCAGUGCCACCUUGGGAAGGCACCUAUUUGAUAACAGAGAGCCUUUUGCAGACUAAAUUAUUACAUUGGUUAAAGGACUGUUCCUGCAUCCGAAGCAGGAAUGGUGAUAGAGUUCUUGCGGAUGACGAAGCGCUACCUACCUCACCUGGCUCACCUCUGUCUGAUCAGCACCUUCCUUGAGGAUGGGAUACGGAUGUGGUUUCAAUGGAACGAGCAGCGGGAUUACAUCAAUAUGUCGUGGGGGAGUGGCAUCAUCUUGGCCACACUAUUCGUGUUAAUCAACAUGUCUGGACAGCUGGUUGGGUGCAUUCUAGUCCUAGCCAGGAAGUUUGUUCCUUACGCUUGUUUUGGCCUGUUUGGGAUUAUCUUCAUGCAGACAGUCGCUUACAGUAUUUUGUGGGACCUCAAAUUCCUGAUGAGGAACCUUGCCCUAGGAGGUGGGCUACUGCUGCUGCUGGCAGAGUCCCGCUCUGAAGGGAAGUCCAUGUUCGCCGGUGUCCCCACCGUGGACGACAUCUCACCGCGACAGUACAUGCAGCUGGGGGGCAGGCUCCUGCUUGUGCUCAUGUUCAUGACACUGCUGCACUUCGAACUCAGCGCUUUCACCAUCUUCCAGGACAUCUUUGGCAUGGCGUUGAUCAUCCUGGUGGCCAUUGGCUUCAAGACCAAGCUGGCCGCCCUUACCCUGGUCAUCUGGCUGUUCAUAAUCAAUCUGGUACAGAACGCGUUCUGGAACAUCCCCACCUACAGGCCUCUCCACGACUUCCUAAAGUAUGACUUUUUCCAGACCAUGUCGGUAAUAGGGGGCCUGCUGCUGGUGGUGGCACUGGGCCCGGGAGGAGUGUCAAUGGAUGAGCACAAAAAGAAGUGGUGAAGACAGGAGGAGAAUGAAGAACAGGGAGGAGGCUUGGGGCAGACAGGGGGUGGGAAUCUUUCCUUACAACUUUUUUAAACUUAGUCCCAUUUGUAUAUUAUUUUUUUCCUCCCCCAUUCUGUUCUCUGGAGGUUUAUCAUUGUUCACUGUUGCCUUAUCAGGAUAGGAGAGUCUUUUUCUUCCUAUCCGGUUGGACACAUGUGUAAAUUAAAAUAUAUAUUCUAUUCUACAGCC